AGAAAAUGGACGAUAAUUGUAACCAUCAAGGACUUGUUUUAUUGUUGGUUUAAGAAUUGAAGAAAUUAAUGUGUGUGAGUGUGUGUGUAACCAUUGUAAGUCAUCAUAUAUUGAAAUGUAGGUGUCACGGAUAUUUUAGGUCUAUGGCUCCAUAAGUAUAAAAAGGUGUUGAUAAUAAAUUUAUUUAAUUUGGGAUCUCAAAAUCGCAAUUGUGUGAGUUUGUGACACUGACAGUAGAACUGUGACAACGGAUAAAUCUGGUGAACCGAGAUUUUGUAAAGGUGUCAUACACAAGAUUGUUUAAGAAAAUCACAUUGAUAGUGUUUGGGAAAAAGCAGUUAAUUGGAUUAUUAGCUUUGGAUUAAGUUUCCAUUGACAACAACUUAAGAGAGUUUAAGAAGGGAAGUGAGGAAUUUCUGAAAAAUAAAGGGUUGUUUAUUAUUUCUAAUUCAGAAGUUGCAAAAUGCCCCUGUUUAAAAAGAACCAAGCUGGUAAAGAAAUGAACUAUAAGGCAAGACUGGAACAUAAACUGUGUGUGGCUAAAGAUAAUCCUGAUGAAACUUUUGAUCUGGCAGAAUGUAAUAUGACUGAGGUUCCUUCUGGUGUAUUUACAAUGUGUCGAGUUUUCAGAAAACACGUUCUCUUGCUUCAGAAAAACCAACUAACCACAUUAAAUGGUGGAGGGUCACUUAAUGAACUCCAAGAAUUAAAGGUGCUUGAUUUACACUCAAAUAAGCUGCCUACUUUGACUGAUGAUAUAGGCCUUCUCAGAAAUUUACAGGAGCUGAAUUUGAGUGAUAACAAGCUUAAACGACUCCCUGAAUCAUUUUCCUGUUUGAAGGCAUUAAAGACAUUAAGUCUCAGAGAUAUCUGUAGAGGAGGUACUGAAAGCAUUAUGAAGUUUUUAUGCUCUGAAAAUGGAACAGAAUAUGUUCCUCCUGAUCAACUCAAGACUGAAAUGUAUGGUUUAUGUAAAACAGGUGAAAAGUGUACCUCUACCCAAAACCACAGACCCUCCUGGUCUGAGAGUGACUUUCCUGACAGUUAUCGCCAAUAUGAGAAAAAGAAGGAAAGAAGAAAACAGGAUCUGCUACAAAUGGAAGAAGCUAUGAGACAAACUCAGGAAAACCAAGCACUGGCUGCUGCUGAAACUAUGCAAAGAAGACAACAGCUGUUGGAAGAUGUGGCUAACGAGCAAGAUAGAAUGCAAGAAGAAAUUGGAUUGAUUCAAAUAAAAAAGGACAGAGAAAAGCAGUUUUUAUUGUCUUCUUUAUCACAAUUGGAAGACCACUCAACCCAGUUGAUAGAACAACUUCUAACUUUGAAUGAUAAAGUAAAUAACAAAGAUCUACUUUUAGAAGCUCUAGAGAAAGAAAAGCAAGAGAUAGAAGAGUUAUUUACUGUGAAGAAAGAAGAACAAGAAAAUCUUCACAAGAAACAUAUUCUUGAAUCAAUGACAGAUUUGUUAAGAAAUGAGGAGCAACAGAGAGAAAGUCAAGCCAAUAAGCAGAAAGUGAUGAAGGAUAUGCAAGAAAGUUCUUUUGCAGCAGAUAAGAAGAUUGAAGAAAUUUUGACUAGCAGAGACCAAGAUCAGCAGGUUUUGUUGUCUGAAUUACUGAAAGAGGAACAUUACCAGAAAGAGGCAUUCAAAACUCUCCAACUGAAGCGUGAUGAAAAACACAAUGAACUAACUCAGAGGAUUAAACUGAUUGAAAAAGAGCUUACCAAGCUUACUGGAGUAGAGUUGAAGAAAAAGGACCUUAAGGUUAAUUUUGCAAUGAACACACUGGCAGAAAAAAGGACAAUUCUAGCCCAGCUUUUGGCAGAACUGUAUGAACAGAGACAAAACAGAGAAAAAGAACUGAUAAAGAGAAUUCAUGAAAUGGAAGAGAGGCGGGCAGGUGAAAUUCAAGAUUACUGGUUGAUUCAGUUCCAAAAAUUACUGGAUCGUAAACCUCAGGAGCUUAUCGACAAAGAACUAGCAGUGGACCCAGUAGUUAAGGAAAUAUUUGUGAAUGCAGGAGCUCAAGGUUAUAUCACCCUGUUUGCUACUAAAAACAUCACAGUCGACCAGCUUAUCAAAAUGUCUGAAAAAGAUUUAAGUAAAUUGGGAGUAACCAACAGCACUGUUCGAAUGGCCAUAAUGAAUGCAAUUUUUGACUACCAGAAGAAAGGAAGUCCAGCUAAAAAGCUUGAUGUUGAAGGAGAAGAGAAAUACAGACCGUCCAAAGCUAUUGAAGCUCCAGCAGAACCCUCUGCCCCUCCUGCUGAAGAAGAAGAAGCUUUAGAACCUGCCAUUCCAUCAGCACCUGUUUUAACAGAUCAAGAUGUAAAACUGUGGACCAGUACAGAGUGUGUUGUGUGUCUAGAGAAUAAGAGUGCUGUGGUUUUCUUGCCAUGUGGUCAUGUAUGCUGCUGCUGGAUUUGUGUCAAACCACUCACCAGUUGCCCAAUGUGCCGCAGCAAUAUUCACAAUAAGUUGUGCCUUGGGAAUUCAUAACCAGUUUGAUGACAUGGUUCAAGUUGUCAUGCUUCACCUUUGGUCCAGUUUUACCAACAUUAAAGCUCUAAACUUUGUCACAUGGAAAUUUCACUGCUAAAUUUAGACUUUACUUUUCUACUUGUAUUUGACCAUUAUCUUAGUUCUAUCAUGGGGAAUGUUUUUACCACCUCAUUGAUCACAGUUCUCUGCUUUCAUUCUGUUCCACUACAAGAAACUUUGUGAUUUUGUGAUAUCACAGCUUAAUAGUUUAAGUUGUAGAAAUUAAUCUCAAGUAGAAGCAGCUGAAUAUUUAUGAAACACAUUCUAGCUUGCUAACCUAGUAAAAAUGCACAGCACGUAUAUGUUACAAAUAAAUAUAUAUAUCUCGGUAGAAAGAAAAGAAAGUGUAUCAUUAUAAAACAAACUUUACAUAUAUACUGUAACCCAACUUAAAUCACUUGUAUGCUAAUUAGACAAACUAGU